AUGGUUACUGGAUUUCGUAAACCGGAUGGUGAUUCCCGCCCAUCCGGUAGUCAACAACAUCAGCCGUUAAGCGGUAGCGGGAUCAGCGCAUCAUCACCAUCGACGAAACCGAAGAAGAAAACAUUAACUGUUGGUGAAGAAAGCGAUGAAGAAUUUCAAGAAAAACAUACUCGAAUACGUGAAAUUGCACUCGCUAUUCAACAAAAUCAUCAGGAACAAACAACAAACACAUCUUUACAAGAAAAUACAACAAAAAAUUCGACAAAAAAGAAUGCCAAGUUGUAA